AUGGUGGAAAUGAGGAGAUCGGAGUCUGAAUCGACGUCAAAUCGCCGAGAUGAGUUUCCGGUGAAAUUAGAGAUCGUGGAGGAUGAAUUGGAAGAAGAACACGCUCCUCUCAACAAACGAUCUAGGCUAAUGGUGCCAGCAGCUAAGUAUAAUAACCCUCUUGAUGAGCCGAGUCCUCUUGGACUAAGCCUUAGGAAGAGUCCCUCUUUGUUGGAUUUGAUUCAAAUGAGGCUAACACAGAGUGGUGAUUCAAAAGCUGAGAGGGUGCAAGGAGGUGGUGUUAAGAAGGAGAGUAGAUGUAACACUGAUGGAUCAGGUGGAGGGGUGUUAGCUCCUGGGAGUAUUGAGAAGCUGAAAGCUUCUAAUUUUCCUGCUUCAGUUUUAAAGAUUGGGAAGUGGGAGUAUAAAUCAAGGUAUGAAGGUGAUUUGGUGGCGAAGUGUUACUUUGCAAAACAUAAACUUGUUUGGGAAGUGUUGGAGCAAGGUCUCAAGAGUAAAAUUGAGAUCCAGUGGUCGGAUAUUGUGGGUUUAAAGGCUAACUGUCCUGAAGAUGGACCUGGAACUUUGACUCUCUUGCUUUCUAGGCAGCCAUUGUUUUUUCGGGAAACAAACCCACAGCCUAGGAAACAUACUCUGUGGCAGGCAACAUCAGACUUUACCGAUGGUCAAGCCAGCUUGUACAGGCAGCAUUUUCUGCAAUGUGCUCAAGGUAUAAUGAACAAACAUUUCGAAAAGCUUGUGCAAUGUGAUCACCGCCUGUUCUUACUAAGCCGUGAGCCAGAGAUAGUUAUGGACUCUCCCUACUUUGAUGCUCGGCAAUCUAUCUUUGAGGAUCCAAGUGAAUCAAAGGGAUAUACUUAUGGGAAUUUGAAUCUCAUUAGCUCAGGUCCUUCAAUAGCAUCUCCUGUUGGGGCUCAGUCAUCAUCUGAACAUAUGUAUCUCUCUCAUGAAGCACCAUCCCCCAGCUCAGUGAUAGAUGCUCGUUCAAAUGAAGGAACUGGUGGUGCUGAAGCAGUCAACUCAAGAAACACAAUGGAUUGUGGACUACACAAAUCUAUCUCACUAAGUGAUUUCCUUGCAGUUAUCUGUGAUACAAAAAUCACUACGGAUUCGAAUCAGGUUGAAGAAGCAUCUGGGCUAAACCAAUCUAUGUCAGUGAGUGAUUUGGUUACACUGUUAUCUGAUUCAAGAAACAUAACUGAAUCAAGUCAGAUAAAAGUACCUGGACUACAACAAUCAAUAUCAGUUAGCGAUUUCGUUGGACUUCUCUCUGAUCCUACUGGUGGAAAUCAACCGGAACAUAUGGAGAAAUUUGAGAUCUUGAAACAGCAGUUGUUAAGUGAUAAUAUUCAGUUCGAUACACCAGAUGAGAAGUCUCUCAUGCCAAGGGUUAACUCUUUAUUCAACCUCUUGUACAAGGAUCCCAACGUUGCUGCAAACUCACAGCUCAAUACUGAAACCUCUAAGGGAUUCAAGUCUGAACUCCAUGACCUGAAUGGGACAGUGUCUGCCAACAACAACAACAGAGUUCUUGAUACUGCUUCCACCAGCAAACAACCACAGGGUAUGUUGAGAAAAGACUCGUUCAGCGAUUUGCUUUUACACCUCCCACGAAUCACAUCCUUGCCAAAGUUCUUGUCCAACAUUUCAGAAGAAGGUGGUGAUGCAUAUAAAUAG